AUAUGUCAGCGCCGGUGACCGUGGGUCGAUUUUGCUGGUGAAGUGACAUAAGAAGACGGCGACCGGUAAACAGCUGGUGUUUCUGUGAAACGUCGGAAUGACAGAGUAUGUGAACUUGGUUAUUCACCAUGGUGGUAAAUGGGACUGUGCAAAAAAGAAAAGGGAAUAUUUGGGGGGUGAGGUGACCAAAAAGGAAAAGGUAGACAUUGACUACCUCAGUAAGUUCGAAUUGGAUGGGUAUGCAGAGGACUUGGGCUAUAAAGAUGGUGUACAAAUAUGGUUCAGAAGGUUUGCAAUUAAAGAUGUAUGUGGCCCAGCUGCUUUACAAGAAAUUGAAUGUGAUAAGGAUGUACAUGACAUGCUUCUUUCCAACAUAAUGGACCCAUACAUUGAAU